AUGGCAUCAAUACCAAGUUAUAUCGGCAUUGAUGAAAAAUUAUCCGAAGAGGCCGUGGUCCCCCGGAGAGGAUGUUGUUUCUGGACGCCGUGUAUGCAUUGCGAUCGUCUUACGUUUUCCAUCGGAUCGAAUUGGUGGUCAGGGAUCGCGGAUGACGCUAAGACCGACGUUAAUCGGUGUUGGUAUAAAGGAUUAUCACCGUUUAAGAAGAUCAAGGAAUGGUCGGAUCUUAUCGUCCGUCCGAAGCUCAAGGCGCUUAUCCGUCGGUUUAACAAACAACGGUGUAGGCAGGGCAAUUUCCAGUACGAUCUAACAAGUUAUCUGCUUAAUUUUGAUGAAGGUCCAGGACAUUCGGAAGGCAAUCAUCGGCUGUUACGCAAUUUCUCGACGACGUACACAUCGAUUCUGAUCCCCGCGAAAUCUUCGAUUAAGUUAGGCGAUGAUAGGCCGGCAUUCACGUGA